CAUUCAGCCAUCACUUACAGAGCUAUCCCAUUCUCUCUCUAGCGACACCGGAAAACGCGUUUUCGUUUUCAACCUAAAUUCGCCGUUCAAGCUCCGAGCAACACAAAUCCGAUCUCGAUUUCUCGCAUCGAUCGUCGUCUUCAUGGCUCUUGCGCAGUCUUUUGGAGUAGAAGAUUCUUCCGAGAAGGCUUCUGCCUGCUUCGACUGUAAUAUUUGCUUCGACUUUGCGUGCGAUCCAGUGGUUACACUCUGCGGCCAUCUCUAUUGCUGGCCCUGCAUCUACGAGUGGUUUAAUGUUCAAGGCCGUUCGGAUAAACAUCUCCACUGCCCUGUUUGCAAGACUGAAAUGUCGCACACAUCUGUGGUCCCUCUUUACGGUAGCGGCAAGAAGCUGCCGGAAUCUGAGCCGGAAAGCAAGCUUUCUUCUCUGAAGGUGCCGCCAAGGCCGUCUGCUCGUGCACAAGCUCUGACGGUUCCCCAUUCUCAUCACCGGCUUUCGUCUCACAAUUCUUACCAGUCCUUUUCACCGCCGUCUUUCAACCUCGCUGACAAUCCGGCGGCAAUGAGCGUCAAUCACCCUGCGGUUGGGAUGUUUGGCGAGAUGGUAUACGCUAGGGUUUUUGGAAACUCGGAGAGCGUUUAUGCAUAUCCUAAUUCGUAUCACUUAGUAGGGAACAGUAAUCCGAGGUUGAGAAGGCAGCAGAUUCAGGCAGACAAGUCGCUAAGCAGAAUAACGUUUUUCCUUUUCUGCUGCUUUCUUUUGUGCUUAGUAUUGUUUUAGUUCCAUCAUUCAUCCAUCCCCUUUUGUACACAAAGAUUCUAGUUAAUGAAUCCGAGAUUGACUGCAAAUCUUUUCCGG